AUGAAACCGAAAGUAAGAAUUCCCAACAGCCAGGAGAAAAAGAACAUCAAAUAUACAGAGUUGGGCUGCUAAAGAGAGACCUUGACCUAGAUUCAUACAGUCGUGCUCUCUUGCUGUUAAAAACCUCUCGAGUCAUUGUCAAAUAAGGAAGUAUUUCCACACAUUGCACGCCGGCGCAGUUUAUAUAUCGGCAUUUAUGUAGACGGACCUCUACUUUUUGUGUCCUCCCUCGCAAUCAGACGGAAAUUAGAACCUCCAGGGGGGAAACUACAUUGUACUACAGAUUGUAGGCAGACUUGGAAGGGUUUGACUUUGCCUCGGAGCGAGUUGAUAAAGAUAAAAAUCUUGAAAUCGCGAUCAACUCCGUUAUGAGGAGUCCUUGAGGGUCAAUCAUGAGGGACUUAGAAAAAUUUCCGGCAGAGGAGAAUUUGAGGGGGCGGGAUCAUUGUUUGAACGACAACAUCGAGAAGGACGAUAUUGAUAUAGCCAUCUUCAAUACAAGUUACCCCAUCGACAGAUCUGACAAAUGCAGAGGAAACUUGCACGGUAUUGCAUCAUCGGGUGCCAAUAUUACGAAACAACCUUGGUAUAAUUGCCAGGGUCAAGGUCAUUUGAGGGACCCCAACCAGAAAAACCAAAAAGAGCUGGCCAAUGGGAGAGCCACAUCUGAGAAAAGUGAAAAUUUACGAACUGCAAGGGCGUGCAACAAAACGGAGGGCUCGAUAACCACAAAAAAGAAAAGUGCAGUGAAGAAUAGUAACGAUAAUGAUAUGUCAAUUUUGCCCAGAAAUCAGAGCAAGAAUGGCAAUCUUCAGAUGGAGAAUAUAACUGAAGACAACAGGGAAGAAAGCAAUUGCUUUAAACAGAUGGAUCAGCAGGUCCAGAAAGGAAAAGACCCCUCUCCCAAAGAUAAAGAGCAUUCGACAAAGAAGGAACCCAGGAGACUGGUCAUGUGCAGGGGAGAGAAGCGAGACAAAGAAAAGAGGAAUAAAUCAGACAUUGAUAGAAAGAAUGAAGCUAAGCAGUUGCGAUUAAGGUUGAAUUUGAAAGAGACAUCACCGAAAGAACUUGUUUGUGAAGUGUAUGAAGAAACAGGUGCAAAUGAAAGCCAACUUGACGAACCAAAGGAAAAUCCCACCCAAAGAAAUGGCUGUGCCAAAGAAGAAAGUAACAUGUUAAAUAGAGAUACUAAAGAGAGUGAUUUGAAAUAUGCAAACUUGGCCCCCAGCUUUGUUAUGACAGUGAACCAGCCAACACAGUUAUCACAGGCCCCGGCUCACAUGUCCCUCCAGUACUCCAAGUCAUACCAGCUCUAUAGACAAAAAAGUGCUGAGGAACACAAUGGAGACCUAGGGAAGGAAGUGGGCGUCGCCCACCCGUUGAGUCUGGAGGUUUCUCUCCACUCUUCCAAAGAACUAUCCUCUCUUAACUUUGAGGACCUGUCCAAGGAACUUUACAAUAAGCUUUCUGACACCAAGGAUUCUGAACCAAAAGCUGAGAGGGAAGUGGAUCAUGACGAUGCCUUAUUAAAACGGUCUGCUGACGCUGAUCUUGAAGAAGAAAAGGAGAAUGAUUGUGAGAAAGACGUCUCUUCCAACCCCCAUGCUUUGUACAAAUCAAUGUCUGGUCUCCGAGAGGAUAUCAAGCUAGCUGAAAAUGGAUUAAACCAAAUUCAGAAAUCUUAUGACGAGCUAAAGAAUUGGCUGUCUGUCUGGACAGAGGAAGCAGAUAUCCAUUCUUUGCUUGUCUGCACAGAGUUACAAAAUGGACACUUGUUCUCUAAAGGACCAGAAAAAUACAAGGGGAGAAGAUCCAAGAGGAGAAUUCAGCCGUGUGUAUGUCCAAUUUUUAAAGCCAGCAUCAUCGUAUUAACCUGUGCAGGAAAGGGGGAUAAAUUUGUCUGUCCUUCCCCAGGGGACAGUGAAGGAGAGAGAAAAAAUUCAGGGAAAUCAAGCAAGGCAGAUCUCAGUGAAAAAGAAAAUAGAAACAAUGAUGAUGAGAAAGACAGAGAUGAAAAGGAGGACCCUCCUUUCAGUGAAAGAGGACCCAAGUUGAGAAGGGGACCAAGUAAUGAUCUCUCCGGUAAAUCAAGGGCGGUGGAUCCGAAUUUUAAAUAUCGCAGAAAACACGGCAAGCUACGAAAUGGUCAGCAUGAGCUGACUGACUUUCUGGGAAUACUACAGAAUCUGGAUCAGGAUAUUCCUCCAGAUUUAAUGUUGAAGAUAAAAGACUUCAUAGAGGACAUCAAUCCGUGCCUUGUUAUUUGCCUGAGGUCACAGUCAGGGAACGACCUUGAAAACUGUGACAUAUGUCCUUGCCUUAUGGCCUUGACCUCCCACUUUGGAAGCUGCAACAGUGAGGUCCAGAAAUGCAACCUGUGCACUCAGCUGUUCCGCCUGGUUCAGCAACACGUUCUUCUCUGCAGAGCGAGAAGCAAUGAUGGCGCACAGUGUCCUGUUUUGGUCUGCAGGAAAAUCUCGUUUUUGAUCAAUGAGGAUCCGCGAUUGAUCUUCACUAAGGAAGCUAAGAUAUGGCGAAAACUGAAAAAAUACAUCGGUGGGUUCAUUCAAAGAAAGGAAAUUGCAGAGAGCAAAGUGGAUGAAGGCGAGACAUUUUUCUCCAUGACCAGUUUAACCAGCAUCAAUCCCGGCACAUCUUUCGGAUUCCAAGGGAUUGGAAACCCAGUGAAUCCCCCAGCCCCUUCCAAACGCCCUAGCUGGAUGUACAUGCCGUCUUUAACUAUCAUACCUGAAGACCAGGACAGAAGUCUGAAUGUGCAGGAGAACAUUCCUCAACCACCCCCAGAGCGUGUUUCUCGAUCAGAGCCAAUCUUGAAGAAAAGACCAGAUGGAACCAUUGAGGCCCUACGGCCUAUUGAUUUUCGCACACCAAAAUUAAAAUCGAAAGCUUUGAACAGAUUUGCAUCUUCGGAGAAACUACCCAUCCAUCCUCCAUCACCAGUGGUAACAGGGCCCCCACCAUCAUUUACGAUGCCAAAAAAUACCACUGCGCCAGGGACAAAACUGGUACGAAAAGUCUCUUUUAGAAAUGAAAGGGCUGAAAGUUUGAAGAAGGCUCUUGACGUGGAAUCUGAUGCUUUCCCGGAUUCCUCCACUGGGGUUGCCGUAGAAAGUGAGGAAUCUGUAUUUUCAUCAGAACCCUCUUCCUUGGAGAAAACCUAUGGCGGGCAGCUUAAAAGUGUUAAGGAAGGAAGCAACCCGUUUCAUUUUGGAGAAACCCAAUUCUUGUCCCUCAAAGAGAAGCCGACUGGAUCUCCUGGCAUAGGAGAGGUGGUGUACGGUUACAGGGACAUUUUGUUGGCGGUCCUUGAUUACUGGGAGGUUCUCAGACAGCAGUACAAGGAGUACGGCAAGCUCCUGCAGAGGAGCGUCAAGGAGGAAGGAGUUAUCUACCCUGACUGUAAAAAAAUUCUGAUGAUCAUGGGUCACCGCUACCAGAAGGACUUCCAGUGGGUGAGAAUGACUCAUCUGGGGAGAGGCAUGUUUGGAAACUGUCACCUGGCUAGUGACUACAAUACAGAGUACCAGUUCUGUAUCAAAAAGAUUCACAUCUCCAAGUACCGAGAGGAUGAAAUCAAGAUCUGGUCUGACUUGGAACAUCCCAACAUUGUCCGAUUCCAUGGGGCCCUUCGAAGAAAGGAGAAAAUUUACAUUAUUUCAGAAUUCAUUCCAGGGGGUAAUCUUACGGAGAUCAUAAACGCACAGAAGACCCUGAUGAGGCGUCUGAGUCAGAGGAAAGCUUUGCAGCUUUUUCAGCAAUUGCUGCGUGUUUUGGUUUAUCUAGAGAAGAAGUCAGUUAUUCAUGAAGACAUCAAAUCUGACAACAUUCUAUUAAGAGAAGACGGCAGAGAGAUUGUGCUGGCAGACUUCGGAGUUGCACGACGUCAAACCACGAAAGUUUCCGGUCUGGUUGGAACGCCGACCCAUUUUAGCCCCGAGAAGGCGGAGAGCAGUGGACACAACUACAAGUCAGACUUGUGGGCGUCUGUAUGUGUCCUCCUACACAUCCUGAGCGGGGACCCACCCUGGGUGAAGCGCUACCCCAAUGCCACCGCCCUCCAGUUCCUGAUAGCCACUAAGCCGGCUCCACUGGAGGACAUUCCACAUAACAUCUACACAGAUGUACGGAAUCUGAUUGAGCAGGGCCUUGAGAAGAAGCCGGUCAACAGACCCACUGCUCUAGCCCUCCUCCAACACCACGCCUUCCAACUUGUUAAUGAGCGUGGUGACAACCUGUAUUCUGUGCUCCCAUCUGGAAAUCUGACCGAGGAUGACACCCACCUCCCCUCUUCGCGACUGACCGGCCAAACCCAGGAAAUUCUGGAGGAGAUCGAGGAGAGCAUUAACCACCCGGAGAAAAUCGAGGAGAUCUUUAACAACAGGCUGGUUCUCUGUGAUGACAUCACCAGUAUACUGGGAAAGUCCCAAAAGGUAGAAGACGCGUCGGCAGUCACGGACAAGGAUUUUCAAUUACAGACUAUAUUGCAGAAUGGGAGUUUUACGCAGGACUUUCCUCCAAGCUCGCCAAAGGAGGCCACCGCUGUAUCUUUAAGAAUACCUGGAACGGUGGUAGAACAAGGCCAGGGGGAUUUUAAGAGUCGGGAAAACUCUUUUUAUCUGGAAAGUCUGAAGAAGUCCACCCUGGCCACACAGGAGGAUAUAUUGUCAGACAGCAUAAAGGAUCCCAGCGAGCUAAUCAAGCAAUAUCUAUAUGAUGAUUUGAUCUUGAAUCACUUUCCUUUCCAAGAAACGAACCUGACUGUGCUGCCGCUGUAUGUAGAAGACGAGACGGCUCCAAACCAUUUAGACACAACAGUGACAGGUGAGGUACAAAUUCCCGAAAGCCCUAACAAUAUUCCUAUGUUUGAGAGCAUUUUAAGCAAUGAGACAGAGAUAGAGAGACUUCACACCAAGGUUCUUUUAGAACAACUCUCCAAGACCAGCAGCAACAGUGACCUGCUUGCAGCUGCUAGCCCAAGCCCACAAUUCAACAGUGGAAGCCAAGGCGGCAGCAGCGAUUUCAAUCAGGAUCACAUCAUACAGACCCUCAUGGAGAAACCUGAAAAUGACAGCGAGGCUCCAAGCAGUUCGGCUAGGAGCGAGAGCACCAGCAAUAGGUCGAGGAAUUCCUCCAGUUCUGCCAUUGAUGAGUCAAUAAUGAAUUUCUUGGAAGUGCCGACUGCUGAGACAAGUUGUCCAAGUACCAGUACCAUUGGAGGAAACCUCCCCAAUUCCAUUUUGUUUGACUUUGAUUCCUCCAAGUCGAAGUCGAGCGAGAGUUUUCACACACCUGGGGAACAUAUUCCAGAGGAGAAUGAAGAAAAAGUGGGCAGCGAAGAAAAAGUGGGCAGCAAAGAAAAAGUUGAUGGAGAAGAAAAAGACAACACAGAUGCAGAGAAAUCUAUCAAGGUAACGAGAGAGGAAGGUGAAGUUCAAGCUUCCUCAGGACAGAAGGAAAAGAAUGAUGGACUUGGACAAUCAAAGAUGAUUCCAUUGGACCUACAAGGUAUGGAUAUAUCGCCACACAACACCAUGUUUGAUGAUUAUGACAAGAAUAUCAGCGACGACGAUCUGUUUGCUGUUGAUGAGACUCCGCUAGAUAGCAGCAAGUCUGAGGAAGAGACCAAUAAAACCAAGUCAGGAAACUCCCUGAAAGACAGCUCCAGCCUGAACCUAAGCGGGCAGGAAUCGGGAGCAUCUCAAAACGAGGCUAUGGUAGCUGGACCUAUACGGCCAUUCACGAUAGAAAAAGAUCCUCGUGACCCCAGUAAACAGCAGGUGGUUGUGGACACUGACCCAAGUAAGGCCCUCUACCCACCAACCUCCUUCAAAAAGGCCCUCCCAAAACUUGACUUAAACUUAAGAAAAAGUCAGCCCAAGACUCCCAAGGACAACACCAAACGCUUUUCCAACCCGGAUGUGGGAGGACCUUACACUCCACUAACCCCUCAGAAUUACUACACCCCCCAGGUGAGUGCACGCAAGCCGUUUCCUAAUUAUCUGGGCACUCCCACUUCUGGCUAUGUCACGUCCUCUCCGAACAGCAUGAUGAAGCCCGGUCCUUUCCCCUCGCCUCGAUCAUCCUCUCCCAGGAGCCAACAGGAUGAAGAAAUAGAAGAGUUGACGAGAGCUUUGUCACAGCACAGUGAAACCUAUUUUGCUGAAAUGGAUUUUUAUAUGGAUUCAUAUUAUUCACUUGCACAAGGUGAGAUUCUGCACGAGAAAUUAGAAGAACAGGAUUAUGAAGACAGUCUUCAACUUGUAAUGGGAAAAUAUGUCACCAUGGAAACAAAUGAAAAAUAUGUUAAAGUUGCCAUUCGAAAACUAGAUGGGGGCGAAUUCACUACAAAACUGUCUUAUGAGUAUAGCAACAAGUCGUGGAAGAGUUUUGUGGAGGAAAACUUCUGCAUGAUGCAGACAAAUGGUGUCGAGAUGCUGACCCUGUGUUUUCUGGACGACUCAGCAUUAGACCUACAGGAGCGACCAAUCGACUGCCAGAGAAACAACCAUGUGACCCUAAAGGUCGUAGAGGUCACUGAGCAUGGGCGCGACGAUCUACCUUGGUACUGUCAGAACGGGAUCUGCAGGGUGGGCGGGGGAAUCCCAGUGUAAUCGCUGGACUGUGUCACGCGUAGAGAUGGUAACCAAUCAGAAGUGAGCAACUUGUAGACCGAAGUUGUGGCUAUAUGUUUCAUGUUUAUUUGGAUGCAAACCAAGAGAGGACUUCUGAAUUAUGAUGGCACAUUUGUUAUUUUGACUUGUUGUUAUGUGAAAAUGACAUUUACAUACUAGUUUCUGAUUUUUGUAAAACUCUAUUUUAAAUUGUUUUCGUUUAUGUGAAAAGGGAGUGGGUAUCAACUUAGAAUGUUAAAAGAAAUAAAAUUAUUUCAAUAAUCAUUUUUUGGUAAAUAUGACAUUUUUUGCUGUAGGGAUUGCAAAGUUUGAUAGAUGGAUAUUUAUUUUUUGUAAGGAUUUUAUGCCUUCAUCACUUUAAUUUUUCAUAGCUUUAUCUACCAAAAAUGUUUUUUUAGGUUGAUUUUUGUGAAAACUUCAAAAGCUUUUACAAGCUAGACAUCCAAAUUAAAAGAGGAUUAUUUUUUAUUUGUUUUCAUUUUGCCAAUGAGUGCAGUUGUUUCUUUGAUGUGGUUUUUUUUUUUUCCAAAGAGAGUGUAUAAAAAAUUUGCCAUGACUUAACAUACAUAAUAUACUAGACUGUACUAAGGAAAGUUUAUUUUGUUGAAUAUGUUUAUUGCUUUAGAUUUUACAAGGGAGGGAGGUUAUUCGUUAUGAUUCUGUUACUCCAUGACUAUCCCUCUUUAAAUUUGUGUACAUCGUAUUGAUUUGAAAUGAUUUUGUCUUCCAUGAUUUUGAACCUAUAAACUUCCUCAAGUUUUAUGAAUGUUAUUUCUGGGGGUUUUUUUUCCAAAUGUUUGUUAUCACUUAUACAAUGUAUAUAAUUACAUCUUAUAUGUAAUUACAUGUAUCUAUUAUAUGAUUAUAGUGUCUAAGCUUUAAAUGCUCUGUUCAUUACAUGUAACUCACUGGGUUUUUUUUUGUUACACCAUUUAAGGCGGCUGGGUUGCCAGAUGUACCUUAAACUCUAAGAUUUGAUAGUUUUAGCUCAAAACUAUACAUGUAAUCCAGGAAGGAAAAAUUUCAUUGCUCUUAGCUUUAGAAUUUGAGAAUAUUUUCUUAAUCUCUGUAUAGUGCCCAUCUUUUUAAAAGGAGAUAAAUUUACUCUAAAAAGGGCGUUCAGCCUUCAGACCUCUUAAUUUUUUCUCAAAUUUUCCUUUCCUUUCAUUUAUUUGGCAUACUUUCUCAUUCAUUAUUUUCGAAUUUGCCUUUUUAUAAAUGAAGAAAGGAGGAUAUUAGAGAUUGAAAUGGUUGUCAUCAAUAUUUUUCAUUUGUGGUACAUGUAAUGUAAUUCUACCAUACAACUGUAAAUAAUCUUUGGGGCCAUAGAAAUAUAUACCUAACAAAUCUGUGAUAAAAAAUAAAAUGUCUCUAUUGUUCACUUUAAUUCCAAUCUUUCUGCACAAUAAAAAUAUUUAUC